CUUCAGUGCUCUUUGGAACUAUUUUAGUUAUUGGAUUAAAAUUUUAUCUGGAAUUAUUAAAUAAGAAACGUGAUUUGGCUAUAAUAGCCAACCAUAACUAUAAGUUAAGUGAUAACGAUCUGAAGCAUAAUAAAAGGGUUAGAGACAUUGCUAUGAAGUUGGUAGAAAAUGAGCCAAAGUUUGAUGAAGUUUU